AUGGCGACCGAAAACAUGAGGACCGAAAAGAUGGCCCAGGUCGCCUACCCAACUGCAGUACACCUGGGCUUAUACCCAGCGACAAUAUCGUCGGCAAGCUCAAGAAAUGCGUCGCCUUCUCCGUAUCCGUCGACCACUUUCGAGGACAUGAACCACCCAAAGACAUUGACGAACCCUACACAAGACCUCGAAGCAGGAGGACGGUUAACGACGGCAUGCAGGAGGAUUUCGAAAGCCCUGGCCAUAUUCCUGAUGAUCGCCGGCGUCGUCGGACUAGCUACGUCCAUGUUCGGUCUCAUAUACGCUGCUGCCAAUCAGCGAUGA